GGGGAUCAUGGGACGAGUCUCGUGAUUUCGUGGAGACGAAUUUAGGCAUAGCUCGCUAUAAUAGUAUACAGUAGACUUCAGUUCAGCCUGCCGCUCAGCGUUUCUCGGUGAAUCGAAGCUGAUAGUCAGUCAGUAGUCAUCGUUUAGCAGUUUUCUUCUUUUUCCAACGUGCAAACUCCGUUGCGGUCAUGUCUGUUUUCGGUGGAAAGGCUUUGUUCUUCACGGUCCUUCUGAUCGGGUUUGCAGUUCAACCUGUGACUGUCAACGCCCAACUAGCGGAGGCAGCUGGGGCUGUGCUUGGCGGUGCUGCUGUUCUUGUGGGAGCACCCAUAGCGUUGGGUGCUAUGGGAUUUGGCGCAGCCGGAAUUGGAGCUGGAAGUCUCGCAGCUAAAGCGAUGUCUGUGGCGUGGGCCAGUGGAAAAGGUGUCGCUGUCGUCUCAGCGCUGCAGUCAGCUGGAGCAGCUGGAUUAGGAGCGGGAACUGUUGUGGCUGGGGCGGCAUUGGGUGCUGGAGCAGGCCAUGCUACUAAGCACGUCCGUGAUGAUGAUGAGUGAGGAUGAGCAUGAAGAGGAUCUGUGGGGAGAGGUGACCAUGGAGAGGACCUGUGAGAUGAGAGACGUUUUGCUAAAGCUUCCACCAUGCCGUCGAUCGCCUCGAAUUUGUUAUGUCUUUUCUGUCUUGUGUAGAGGGAAGGUUUAAUUCGGGUGUAGUCCAGGUGUAAUUCGUUUAAUGUAUUUUGUUAUAAUCGUCGUUUUGUGCUUUAUUUUACUGACUUUGUGCUUGAGGUACAGCUUCCUUUAGACGCACGCGAGCGCGCGCGCACGCACACACACACACAUACACACACACACACACACACACACACACACACACACACACACACACACACACACACACACACACACACAGAGAAACGCAACCACACAAGCUUUAACUCAUGCUCAUUAUUAAUUUCUGUAAGACAGUAAUCCCCAUCCCUGUUUUUUUUCCUUUAUGCAAAGUCACAAGUUGUCCAGUUUGAGUUUGUUGUAGACAAAAACUUUUCUGUUCGUCCAUGUUUGAUUACAUGGACACAAUAGAGAGGCGAUGUCUACAAAUCUACGCAAACCAAGCAUUUGUUCAACAUUUGUUAAUUUUGUAUUUGACUACAGUAAUUGCAGAAUUUUUAAAUCAAGGGGCUUUCUCGUUAACCCUUUCACUGCAUCUCCCCAUGUUGUAGAAACGCUUUGAUAAAGUAAUAUUUAAAGCAGUUUUGGCAGUGGGCAUGAUUAAAAAUGUCCUUUAGGAAGUCACCACCCUUAGAGCACCCUACCACCCCGCCCCUUUCUUUAUCCAGCAUUCACGUGCAUACCCAUCAUACUCCUACACUCGAAAGCACAAAGACACACGAUCUCUCUCUCUCUCUCUCUCUCUCUCUCUCUCUCUCUCUCUCUCUCUCUCUCACACACACACACAGAAACGCAACCACACACGAUUUAACUCAUGCCCAUUAUUUAUUUCUGUAAAACAGUAAUCCCCUUCCCUGUUUUUUUCCCUUUAUGCGAAGUCACAAGUUGUCCAGUUUCAGUUUGCUAUAGACAAAAACUUUUCUGUUCGUCCAUGUUUGAUUACAUGGACACAAUAGAGAGGCGAUGUCUACAAAUCUACGCAAACCAUGCAUUUGUUCAACUUUAGUUAAUUUUGUAUUUGACUACAGUAGUUGCAGAAUUUUAAAAUCAAAGGGUUUUCUCGUUAACCCUUUCACUGCAUCGCCCAAUGUUGUAGAAACUCUUGAUAAAGUAAUAUUUAAGCAGCUUUCACAGUGAUCAAGACAGAAAUUUCAUUUUUUUGGGGGUGGGCCCCAUAACGUUGCUUUUGGGACUUUUUGUUUUUGUUUUGAAGCACCAUUCUAAAGUUAACUUUUCCAUUGGUUUGUUAGUCUGACAAGGGCCAUCAAUAGAAAAA